UAAUUUUAAAGAGUCACGUUGUUUAUUGUUUCCAUGAACGAUAAACGAAAAAUUCUUUUAAAUCCAGAAUUUAAUAAUCAUUUGUAUGUUUGGUGCCUUUAUUAUAUUUUGUUAUUAUCCUUGGACAUUAUCUCAGAUCUUUUUCCAAUCAUUUGAUAAAGUGGUCGAGUAAGUCGAUAUCGAUCAAAAAAAAAAGUUUAAAAAAUUUAAAAUCUAAAUCGAACGUGAUCAUCAGCUGUAAUUGAACAUUUCAUUUGAUUUUUGUGAUAUUUUUAUAGAAAAAAAAAAAAAAAAAUUAGAAUGGCCGAUCGAUUAACACAACUUCAGGAUGCCGUCAAUGUACAAGCUGAAAAUUUGUGCAACAGUAUUGGAUUAUUGCAACAAUGUUCACGGCCAACACCGUUUCCUGAUUUUUCUGCAUUUGCUCGUUCACCUAGUACGGCAUAUAAACAGGUAUUAAUUGAAGCCGGAAUACCCGUUGAAAUUGAAGACGUUGAUAAUAUUGAACAAAAUGAUAACAAUGUGGUUAAAAAUGGCCAUGAUAAUCCGAAUAAUAAUAAUAAUAAUAAAUCUGCAGAAAAAUCAAAUAGUGAUGUCAAACAGAAUGGUAGUGAUGCUUCUCUGAUGAUUAAUGGUGAUGGUAUUCCACAACAACAACAACAACAACAACAACAACUUGCCGAUUCUGGAGAAAAUUCCAAAUUUUUUGCCAAACUAAUCACAAAAACAGCUAAAGAUAUUGAUUUAAUUAUUGAUUCAUUGCCUAGUCGAGAAAUGGAAUCCGAUCUACAAGAAGCACAUAUAAAAGUAUUGGAAAUGGAAAAUCAUGAAGAGGCAAAAAAAUUAGAAAAUGUUAUCAAUCAAGCAGAACAAUUAUUGGAUGUGAUCAAAAAUGCAUUAGAAGAUAUUGCUCAAAAUCAGAUGCGAAUGAAACAAUUAGAGGCACAAAUGUUGACAUCACCAUCAACAAAUUCUACCACCAUUACAUCAUUGACGAAAAAUACCCUGCAAUCAUCAAAUAGAAUUUUACAUAGCAUUCUUGAUGAUCAUUCACCUGAUUAAUGAAUGAAUAUCGAUCCAAAUG